GCCAAAAUCUCGCGAUACUUCACGGGGAGGGGCGUGUCAGAUUCCAAGAGAGGAGAGAGAGAGAGAGAGAGUGGGAUAGAGGGGCGCUGUGUUACAUUGCAAAGCCUUUGCAAAGAUGGGGGACGACAAGCCUUUUGUGUGCAGCGCUCCUGGCUGUGGGCAGAGGUUUACUAAUGAGGACCACCUGGCUGUCCACAAACACAAACAUGAAAUGACGCUGAAGUUUGGACCCGCCAGAACGGACUCAGUCAUCAUUGCAGACCAGACGCCGACUCCCACUCGUUUCCUGAAAAACUGUGAAGAGGUGGGCCUGUUCAAUGAGUUGGCCGGCUCGUUCGAGCAGGAAUUCCCUAAAGGCCAAGAAGAUGAGGACAAGAGGGCCAAGAACCCGUUACCCGCUCCUAAUUCAGGAGCACUAGACAUGAGUUUGCAGACGCCUUCAGACGUUAAGGUGAAGGAGGAGGACCCCGUGGAGGUGGACUCCUCUCCGCCUGGCAGCCCUGACUCCUUCUCCAGCAUGUCAGAUAGCAGCAGAGAGCCCGCAGGCAGAGGACAGGAUUCUCCUCCAAAGCCCGCCGUCAGUUCAGCUCCCACCCCUGCCAUAGUGCGUCCGGGAUCUCUCCCCCUGCACCUGGGUUAUGAUGCCCUGCAGCCCACCAUGCCCUCCCCUACCUCCGUCAUCACACAUACCCCACCAUCCAACCGCACACUGGGGUCUCCCACAGUGCCGUACCCAAUGAUGAUGCUUCCCAAUGGUCAGACAGUUCCUGUGCUUCCAGGUCCUAUGCAGAUGCCCUCUGUAAUAUCUAACGGACUUGCGUUCUCGUGGAGACCGGUCUUGCCAGGCUACUUUGAAAGAAUGAACUCGGAAGGACGCGAGGACACAGAACGCACCCUUCUGGCGAGGCCCCUGUGUAUGGUGCCUAACAUUCCAGGAAUUCCCGGCCCUCCACUAGGGGGCAGCAGCAGCGGCUCGUCUUCACCCUCCGGUUAUAACCCCCACACUGAUGCAAAGAUGAGGUUAAAGGCAGCAUUAUCUCAGCAGACGCCCUCAGCUCAGGGUGUUCUUGGUGUGGCGAUGGGGUCCAGUGCGAUGGUGCCUCAAAGGGUUGAGCAAAGCCAGCUGCUGGUCCAGCAUCCAGAUGCCCCUUCCCCUGCUCAGCCACAGGUGUCACCCGCUCAGCCCACCGGGGGUCGCAGGCGGAGAACAACCGAUGACGACCCUGACGAGAGAAGACAGCGCUUCCUUGAGCGGAACCGAGCAGCGGCUUCUCGUUGCAGACAGAAACGCAAGCUGUGGGUCAACUCUCUGGAGAAGAAGGCUGAGGAGCUCACAUCCAUCAACGUCUCGCUGUCGAACGAGGUGUCUCAUCUACGAAACGAAGUUGCUCAUCUAAAGCAGUUGCUGUUAGCUCAUAAAGACUGCCCCGUCACCAACCUCCAGAAGAAAGCCGCCUACUUGGGGGAGGAACACAUGAAAGAGACGUCUGAGCCCACGGGCUCCCCGGCACCGGUCAUUCAGCACAGCUCUCUGGCCCACAGCCCCUCGUCCACAGUAGGGCCCAAUGGCCUGAGCUCCCGUGCUGCGGCUGAGGCGGUGGCCAUGUCGGUGCUGGCAGGGAUGGGCAGCCAGCGAGGGGAGAGCGGUGGGCCAUCGCACGUCAUCAUGGCGACACAGUCCCACCCGUCCAACAGAUGAUGAGAGCAGCUAACAGUCUGCCCGGGACUCUCCGCAUCCCAGGAGAGGGGCAGAUCUGCGAGAGGAGAAUGCACUCUGUUCCCAUUCUUUAGUCUGGUUCCCUCUCACACCAUCACGCUCUGAACUGGAGCUCAGCUGCAUUCUGGGAAUGAAACUGGGACUAUGUAUACAUAUAGAGAGAGACGGAAGCAGAUUGUUGUUCACUAUGCCAUAGACUAUGGGGGCUGGACUCCAAACCACGCUCUCCUUUGCAUCCUCUGUAUCUUCUGCUCCUUCCUUCAACUUCCUCCUGCUCCUCCACUGGCUGUAGGACUGCAAAGCACUUCCUGUCAUUAAACGUAUCCCCGUAGACAUAUGCACAUACACACGCUGCAAUAAAGACAUUGCCUGAAUUGUGACGGUGCACUCGGUGUAUGUGUACAUGUGCUGUAAUGCACAUUAAUUCACACACAUGCAGGCUGCGUCUCAAAUUUGUGACGAUGCAAUACUUUAUAUAUUCUUAUAUAUAUGUAUUAGUAUGUGUGUGUGUGUGUGUGUGUGUGUGUGUGUGUUUGAGAGAAACAUGAUGCUUUAACGUUCUGUAGGAUCUUUUACCUUGCUAUUUUAGAGCAUUUUUUUUUAGUUUUCAGGUGGCCACCCCCCUCAUCUUACCUUCGCUCAUCUUACCUCAUUUUUAACCUGUUAUAUACGUUUAUAAUCGACGUGUGCAUGUGUGCUUACCGUGUGGGUGUACAGUGAUCUACAACAGAAUUAGCAGUUUGUGAAGGACUGAUACACUAAGACUGCCUUGUUAGCAUGCAAACUUCUUGCUAUAUAUAAACUGUAUUGUAUUGGCACAUUGCAUUCAGUUUGGGCUACGGAACCUCGGUUUUUCUUGUCCUAUCUUUGUUUUCUUGUGUACGACAAACUCAGAUACCGCAAAUAACAUACUGUCCGAGGUCAUCACGUAUGAUGAACUGUUAUCAGGACCCUUGCGCACAGUCCACUGUCUUGAGAAAUACUGCCUUUCCAAAGUUAGCCACAAUGUUUUCAAUUCAACUUUAGACCGAGUUAAGUUGGCCAUAAUGAGUUAAAGCUCUUAAAGUAGUCUUAGACUUUUUUAUUAUUAUCUAAACUUUGUAACCCUGCUGCUGUUUAUUGAAUCCCAUUCCUGCCACGCAAGAAAAAACUAAAACUAUGACAUAAAAACUCAUAAUAAUGAGAUAAAUUAAGAGAUAAAACAUUAAAUGUGUGGCAUUAAAGUCAUAAUUACAACAAAAACUCAAUAAUAAGAUAAAAAAAUCCAAAUUAUGACAAGUUUAUAUUAUGAGAUAAGUCAUAAUUAAGACAUAAGAAGUAGAACUUGAGAUUAAAAGAUCUCAUAAUGACUUAGUAUGUCAUAAUUAUGAUUUACCAGAGCAUUUUAUUACGUGGAAAUGGAUUUCCAUAGUUCUCCGCUCAUUUUUACAAUAAUACAGCCCUAGUGCCUCUGUACCCUCCAUUCAGUCACUUUCACAAAGUUGAUAUCCUGAUACUCUGUAACACUAUGUGUUUCUCUGCUGGCUCAUCCACACAUAAACAUACACAGUCCCUGAUAAAAACUCAAAGAGACAAGGAUUCUGCCUUAUGAAUCACACGAGUGCCUCUUUAUAGGUUAACCUCACUCCACCUAUCGUAUUCAGGCAUCUGUCAGAUGUUAAAAGCUUUAUCUGUAUCAUCAGUCCUGAAGUAAUGAAUUAACAAUAAUGCCUUUAAUAGUUUUUAAACAGCAGGAGCGCUGCCCUUGAUUUUAAGCAUAUUCUACACUGCCACCUGGAUGUAAUAACGUGCUAUUACAUCUAACUAGAAGGCUGCAGGGAACAAAGAGUAUCCAAAUCUACUGUUUGAAUGGUUUUACCUGUACUUUAUCCAAACAUAUGGUGUUGUCUUUUUUACACAAUAUCAGACAUUUUUAAAAUUAAGGCAGCAUAUUAACAAGGGACUAAGAUGUACUGUCGUUGCUCAGUUUAUGUAACUUGAAUUCUCAUUCAUUUUCUGUCAUUAUUUGCAGUGCGUAAUUAACACAAUAUUAGUCCAAAAUGUAUAUAGGCCUGUCAGAAUGCACUAAACAACUUUCUGGGUUAUUUUUCUGUUUGGAGUCUCAGAGAUUGUCAGGUUUUUUUUUUUUUUCAAACAGCUUAUCAAACUUACCACUUGACCGAUAUCUCAUGAAUGACUCCUGGUUAAAGUGUUGACCCUGGCUUUACUGUUCAUCAUGUGCUGGCACUGUAGUCGUUCAGCAGAACCAUAUAGAGGAUUGUUGGCCUGAAAUGAGCAGAAUGGAGAAUUUUUAGCUUCACUGGCACUUUUUCUUUAUUCGCUGCCAGGACUAUAGAAAUAACUAUAAUUGUUUUUUUUUUUCUUGUGUUGUAAGACAGAAAAGUAGAAAUUCUUAGACUUUCUUUUCUCAUUCUCUUUUUGUUCUUCUAAUACUUUGUACUCAAAUACUUGUAGUUAUUUUUAUUUGUAAAGAUUAAUAAGAAUGCCUUGAGAUGCUCCCUGUUUGAUUCUCACUUUAAUCACUUUAAAGUUGUACCAGAUUUCUGUCUUGAUGGACUUAAUGAUCCAUAAUUCCAACAUAAUGCACAAAUAAUUUAUUAUGGAAUUAUUUCAUGCUAGUAAAAUUUAACAGUUUCCCUGAGAUAGACAGACUGAACAAAACAGAAGUCCUUUAGAAUAGAAUGAUCUUAUAGGCUAAAGAAAAGAAAAAAAAGAAGAGAUAAAAGGUUGUUUUAAGAGUAUGUCUUUCAUGGGAAAUAGCCUCACUCCAAGUUGGACUGAUAGUUUUUGAAAUUGUCCUUGUAAUGUACAUAUGUGUACCAUAUAUAUUUACUAUUUUUCAUGCAUGUUGAAGUGAAAUACUCUGAACACAGUGCUGCAGUUUUGAUUAAACAAAAAACAAAACAAA